AUGCAAAGGAAAGGCUCAGAGGAGCAUCAAGUGAAAUUUAGAGAGAGCAUAAGAAGGAAAAAAAACAGAAGAAACCAAAUCAAGUCACAAGAAACAAGAGUUGAUUCAAUGCUGGUUCCCUAUCCAAGUUGCAAGAACAGUCUUGUGUUUCCUUGCAGACCUGGCUAUGGCCAACUUGGUACAAAGUGUCUCAUCAAAGCCAACCAUUUUCUUGUACAUGUAUCAGUCUCUGAUUUAAGCCAUUACAAUGUUAAAAUAACACCUGAAGUGAAUUCUAGUAAAACAAGAAGGGCUGUCAUAUCUGAGCUUGUGAGGCUUCACAAGAACACUGAGUUAGCCAAUAGGCUCCCUGUCUAUGAUGGAGGAAUAAAUCUUUACACUGCUGGUUUGCUUCCUUUUGUGUACAAGGAAUUUACUGUAACAUUGAUUGAGGAUGAUUAUGUAACCAGGGAAAUCGAAUUUAAGGUGGCAAUCAAGUUUGCAACUAGUGUUAGCACGCAUCAACUUAGGGAACUUCUAAGUGGGAAACAAGUGGAAACUCCACAAGAAGUACUUCGUGUUUUUGACAUUGUGUUGAAGGAGGUUGCAGCUCAAAGUUACAUACCAAUUGGAAGAUUUCUCUAUUCUCCUGAUGUGAGACAACCACAGAAACUUGGUGGCGGCAUUGAAUCAUGGCGAGGAUUUUAUCAGAGUAUAAGGCCAACUCAAAUGGGGUUGUCACUAAACAUUGAUAUGUCAUCAAUGGCAUUUAUUGAACCAGUACCUGUAAUUGACUUUGUUGCUCAAAUUCUUGGAAAAGAUGUGCACUCAAAACCACUGUCAGAUGCAGAUCGUGUCAAGAUUAAAAAGGCCUUAAGAGGAGUAAAAGUAGACAUCACACACAGAGGAAAUUUCAGAAGGAAGUACCGAAUAUCAGGAUUGACUUCACAACCAACAAGGGAGCUUAUAUUUCCUCUUGAUGAGCAAAUGAACAUGAAAUCAGUAGUUGAUUAUUUUCAAGAAAUGUAUGGAUAUACAAUCAAAUUUCCUCAUUUGCCUUGCCUUCAAGUAGGAAGUCCGAGUAAAGUGAACUAUAUGCCCAUGGAGGUAUGCAAGAUAGUUAGAGGCCAGAGAUAUACAAAAGGGUUGAACGAAAAGCAAAUAACUUCACUUCUUAAGUUCUCAUGCCAGAGACCCCGUGAACAAGAGACAGACAUUUUACAGACAAUUCAACAAAACAAUUAUGAGAACAAUCCCUUGGCAAAGGAGUUUGGCAUCGGCAUAGACAACACGCUUGCAUCAGUGGAGGCUCGGGUUCUUCCUCCUCCAUGGUUGAAAUAUAAUGACACUGGAAGAGAGAAAGAACACUUGCCACAAGUCGGACAAUGGAAUAUGAUGAACAAGAAAGUUAUAAAUGGAAGUAAUGUAAGGUAUUGGGCAUGCAUCAAUUUCUCACGAAGUGUACAAGAAAGUACAGCUCGCGGAUUUUGCCAACAGUUAGUUCAGAAGUGUCGAAUCUUAGGCAUGGAAUUUAGUCAAGAACCUGUGAUUCCUGUAUAUUCAGCAAGACCAGAUCAGGUCAAGAAGGCUUUGAAGUAUGUACAUACCGCUGCUCUAGACAAACUCGAUGGUAAAGAGCUAGAGUUGUUGAUUGCCAUUCUUCCAGACAUUAAUGGCUCUUUGUAUGGUGAUCUCAAAAGAAUCUGUGAAACAGAUCUUGGGUUGAUUUCACAAUGCUGUCUUGCAAAAUAUGUUUUCAAGACUCACAGACAGUACCUGGCAAAUGUGGCCCUAAAACUCAAUGUCAAGAUGGGAGGAAGAAACACAGUACUUUUGGAUGCAUUAAGUUGGAAGAUUCCACUGGUUAGUGAUAUUCCAACAAUAAUAUUUGGAGCGGAUGUAACUCAUGCAGAAUCCGGAGACAAUAAUUUCCCAUCCAUUGCUGCAGUUGUAGCCUCUCAAGACUGGCCAGAAGUAUCGAAGUAUGCAGGGUUGGUUUGCGCCCAGCCUCAUCGUGAAGAACUCAUCAAAGAUCUUUACAAAUGUUGGAAAGAUCCACAGAGGGGAGUGGUUUACGGUGGUAUGAUCAGGGAGCUUUUACUUUCAUUUAAGAAGGCAACUGGACAAAAACCACUGAGAAUAAUCUUUUACAGGGAUGGGGUAAGUGAGGGACAGUUCUACCAAGUUUUGCUAUAUGAGCUUGACGCCAUCCGUAAGGCUUGUGCAUCUUUGGAAUCAAGUUACCAACCUCCGGUAACAUUUGUUGUGGUUCAAAAACGGCAUCACACUAGACUCUUCCCAAACAAUCACGAUGACAGAAACAGCACUGAUACGAGUGGAAAUAUCUUACCUGGUACUGUGGUGGAUUCAAAGAUUUGUCAUCCUACUGAAUUUGAUUUCUACUUAUGCAGUCAUGCAGGAAUUCAGGGUACAAGUAGACCGGCACACUAUCAUGUCCUCUGGGAUGAGAACAAUUUCAGUGCAGAUGAGAUCCAGUCUCUAACUAACAACUUAUGCUACACCUAUGCAAGAUGCACCCGGUCUGUUUCUGUAGUACCUCCAGCAUACUAUGCUCAUUUGGCAGCCUACAGAGCUCGAUGCUACAUGGAACCCGAUCAUCCAGAGAAUGCUAAACAGCGAGGUGCGAGAUCAAAAGAUAGAGCAGUUAGGCCACUUCCUGCAUUGAAAGAGAAUGUGAAAAAUGUAAUGUUUUACUGCUGA